CGUUAGUGACUACGACGGCGAUAUGAGACGAGCGAGAGAGGCAGGUAUAGAUGUAUUCGCUAUGAAUAUUGGCACAGAUUCUUUUACUGAUAAGCAACUUGGAUUUGCGUAUGAGUCUGCUGCUAAUAAUGAGAUGAAAUUAUUCUUAUCGUUCGAUUUUAAUUACUGGGGGAUAGGACAAGGAAAUGAAAUAGGUGCUAAGCUCCGACUUGAUGGGAAGGUCUUCGUGUCUUCCUUUGUAGGUGAUGGCGUCAAUGUUGAGUCUAUUCGAUUAGCCGUAGGUCUGGAUAUAUUUUUCGCCCUAAACUUCUAUACUGAUGUCGGAGAUUUUAAUAUAAUAGACGGUGUAUUUAAUUGGAUGGCCUGGCCUAGUAAUGGUGAUAACUAA